AUGAAGUUCGUUGGUGUUGUUGUGCUGGCUACUGUAAGUUGAAGAUACUUGUACUUUAUCAGUCUUUAUGGAACGAAAAUAAUGCAGACUUGUCGCUGAAAAAUGCCUCGGCUUGCCGCAGCCCCGCAUCAAGUCUUCCGCGGCGGCUAGACAGCAACUAUGGGCUAUUCCAAGACGCUACGAAUCCACAUUAUCUUCCCGACAGACUGAUAUCAGACUGUCGACAAGAUAAUGAGAACUCUGUCUCAUCGAAAAUCAAGUGCACGGUGCAAUUGGGGGUUUGCACCGUGCAUCAUUUUUUUACACUGCGGCCGAAUUCGAAGCCGCGAAAAAAUCGUGAAGGACCCAAAAGCCUUUUUUACAGCAGCACAUAUUUUUCCUCUUUCUUAUAUCAGUCUGUCUGGAAAAUAACGUGGAUUCGUGGCGCCUUGGAAAAGUUCAUCAUCGCUUUGCGACGGCCAGCCACGGCUGGAGAUUUGGGGCCGACUACGAUGACAUUUUUACCUGCGACGAAUCCACAGUAUUUUCCCGACUGUCGAAAGGCCCGACAACCCAGUAACGUGACGAGACGCUCAAGAGUCAAGUGAUUUAUUCAGUGGAAAGGAGGCCCUUCUAUAGGGAAGCCCCACGUGGGAAAGUACAAUCAAAUUUGAAUAAAUGUAGAUCGUUCCUCGUGGGAAAAUGCUCGAAGCUCGGUCGUUCCGCCUCACACCGACAGACCGAUAUUAAACUGUUUUUUUUAAUAGUAAAUGCUCGAUUUUGCUGUUAAAAAGCAUCACAGAGGUCGUUAACAGCGCAAGCAGCUGUUGAUGAGGACCCGAAAUUCUUUGCUUACCUAUGCCUAUGUCAUCCUUUUUCAUACAUAAUUUUGGGUCAAAUUGAAGCUCUUACCAACAAUUUUUUCUCCCAAAAAAUCGUGACAUUUCCAGCUCAUCGCCCUGACUUUCGCCGCGCCCGACAAGAAAUGCGGCCCAAACAGCGUGUUCAGCAAAUGUGCCAGUGCCUGUCCCACCACUUGCACUGAGGUUGUGAACAAUGCAACUGACAAGAUAUGCAUUGCAAUGUGCAAACCCGACUGCGUCUGCAAUGAGGGAUACACUCUUCAUAAUGGAGAGUGUUAUGCUACGGCUACUUGUGCCACACUUGUUAAAAAGCAAUAA